GUCAACUAGACAGCCUACUGGCAACGAGUGGUGAUUUCUUUCUUUUUUUCUGCCCCGACCAGGCUGGAUAUAGGCGACCGUGCUUCUACUUUGCUGCAGCCCGACAUUAAAUGCGUUUUUUACCCACAGUUAGGCUCUUGCAUCGUUUCCUCCCAACUGGCUUUCGGCUCAACGGAUUUUGUCUUUCUUUUUUUCUUUUAUGUUGCAUGGAGUAAUUGUCGGGAUAUGUGCAACCUUUUCCAAGUGAGAUACGAGGAAAUUAAGUAAAAGCUUCCAAGACGUGCCAAGGGGAUGAAGGACUAAAUCUGCUGGAAAUAAAAAAAGAAAAGGUAAUCGGGACUUCAGUGAUGAGAUGAGACAUCCCCUCAUCGCACCCAUGUUCUUAAACAAAGGUAUCCGGACUUGAGUUGUUGAAUAAUGUUGUGACUGCGGAUUCUUUUAGUUUUUUCUUCAUCCGAUGUGCAAUUUGAAAGCAUAGAGCCGAAGAGGACAUUUGGUCACUGCUUGUAAUAUCGCCCUCAGAGCAAGAUGUGUAUCCGAAAUGCGAAUUAAGUAUUUGCUGACACCCAGGCGGAGGUUUUAACACGGACUUAUUGAACCCGUUAUUCUUCUGCACGGAAGAUUGAACAUUUUGUGGACUUGUGCUCAAAGGAAUUUUCAUUUCUGCAGUCCGAUCGUUUCCCCUCCUUUCAGCCCACUUGGAAAUGGACAGUUCAUCGCAUGAGUCAUGUGUAGGACCAGUGUGCCGCUUGAGAAGAGCUGCACGGAUUUACAGGGCUAAAUCACUGUUGUGAGAACAUUCAGCAUGUUUUCUCAGAUCUGUCGUCCCCAAUGUUUCGCCCGCUGCAGUAGACCGGAGGAUGUGCUCUGCCUGAGAAGAGUAGAAUAGGCUAAGGCACUUGUUACCAUUAUAGGGUUCACGCCAUGAUAUUAUGUGCAUACUAGAAGAGCUUUCCGUCACCCCAAACACUUUUCUGGACAUUUUAAUGAGAUGCUUCAUUUGGAGCCUUUUUUCACGGUUUUCUCUGACGUGCAUUCUCGUGCUAAAUUAGCGAGCUCUUUAUCCGGCUGAGAAAAAGUCAACAGGUACAAUGCAAACCAAGGAGAUGGAAUUAAUACAAACAAUUGCUGUGUUCCUCCUUUCUUGGAUCGCGGCUGAGGCUGUUAUCAACCUAAAGUAUGGAAUAAACGAGGAGAUGAAGCCCGGGUCAGUCAUUGGAAACGUGACAAGGGACGCACUAAAGCAAGGAUUUCAGAUUGCUUCUCAGCCCCCGUACUUGAGGGUCAUUUCCAAUUCAGAACCACGAUGGGUGGAACUCAGUCCAGCCGGAAUCCUUACAACCCAAAUGAAAAUAGACCGCGAUGUAGUUUGUCGACAGAACCCAAAGUGCAUUAUUUCCCUCGAAGUGAUGUCAAACUCGAUGGAGAUCUGUGUCAUCAAGGUUGAAAUUCAGGAUUUGAACGAUAACGCACCCAGAUUCCCAACGAGCCACAUUGACAUUGAAAUUUCUGAGAACGCCUCCCCUGGUACCAGGUUUCCUCUAGAGGGGGCAAGCGAUCCGGACUCGGGGAUCUUUGGAGUGCAAUCGUAUUCCAUCACUCCAAAUGAGCUUUUCGGACUAGAAAUAAAGACCAGAGGGGAUGGGUCCAAAAUUGCUGAGCUUGUUGUACAAAAAUCGUUGGACAGGGAGACCCAGUCCCACUACUCAUAUGAAAUUAGCGCAGAAGAUGGAGGAGACCCCCCUAAAAUAGGCGCGGUCCAGUUAAAUAUCAAGGUAAUUGAUUCUAAUGACAACAACCCUGUCUAUGACGAGUCAGUGUACACUGUUAAUGUGAUGGAGAAUUCCCCUAUGAAUACAUUAGUCAUUGACUUGAAUGCAACGGAUCCCGACGAGGGCACGAACGGAGAGGUUGUGUACUCGUUCAACAGUUACGUUGCCGAGAAAACGAGGGAUGCGUUCAAAAUCGACUCCGGAACUGGGAUCAUCACCGUCAACGGCGUUUUGGAUUAUGAAACAGCGAAACUAUACGAGAUCGACGUCCAGGCCAAAGAUUUAGGUCCCAACUCAAUCCCAGCUCACUGCAAAGUCACCGUGAAUGUGAUGGACACGAACGAUAACCCACCUGUCAUCAGUUUACUCUCACUGAACACAGAGUUGGUAGAAGUUAGUGAAAACGCCCAGCGUGGAUAUGUCAUUGCGCUGGUGAGGGUGUCGGAUAAGGAUUCUGGGGCUAAUGGUAAAGUGCAGUGCAGGCUGCAGGGCAAUGUUCCAUUUAGGCUUCAAGAAUAUGAGAGCUUCUCCACGAUACUCGUUGAUGGCAGACUGGACAGAGAGCAAAAGGACACAUAUAACCUGACAAUCCAAGCGGAAGACAGUGGCACGCCCCCUUUACGCGCCUCAAAGUCUCUGGUAGUAAAAGUCUCAGAUGAAAACGAUAACCCUCCCCACUUCCUCAAACCUCACUAUCAAGAGAUGGUGAUGGAAAACAACCUCCCUGGUUCAUGUCUUCUCGCGGUGUCAGCAGAAGACCCAGACCUGGGGAUGAAUGGCACCGUGUCCUAUUCCAUAGUCCCCGGUGAGAUCAAACACAUGGAUGUAAACACAUAUGUCAGCAUCAACCCAUCAGGCCGAAUUUACUCCAUGAGAUCAUUCGACCAUGAAUACACCAGGACUUUUGAUUUCAAAGUGUUGGCCCGAGACAAUGGUAACCCCUCGUUAUCAAGUAACGCCACGGUGCGCAUUGUUGUCCUGGAUGUUAACGAUAACACACCUGUUAUGACAAACCCACCCCUCGUUAAUGGCACGGCGGAGGUGUCCAUCGCCAGGAACGCCGGGGUGGGUUACAUGGUGACCCAAGUUAAAGCGGACGACUACGACGAGGGGGAGAACGGCCGGCUGACAUACACCAUCUCCGAGGGGGACAGGGCUUUCUUUGAGAUCGACCAGGUAAACGGAGAGGUGCGCUCCACCAGGAUGUUUGGAGAAAACGCGAAAUCCACCUACGAGAUCACGGUGGUGGCGAGAGACCACGGCAAGCCCUCCCUGUCCGCCUCGGCCUACAUCGUGGUGUACCUCUCACCGGACCUGAACGCGCAGGAGCCUAUCGGACCUGUCAACCUGUCCCUCAUCUUCAUCAUCGCUCUGGGCUCCAUCGCAGCUAUCCUGUUUGUCACAAUGAUUUUUGUGGCAGUCAAGUGCAAGAGGGAUAACAAGGAGAUCAGAACGUACAACUGCAGUUUCUUCUACUUGCGCAGGGUGGCGGAGUACUCAUAUGGCAACCAGAAGAAGUCCAGCAAGAAGAAGAAGCUGAACAAGAACGACAUUCGCCUGGUGCCACGUGACGUCGAGGAGACAGACAAGAUGAAUGUGGUGAGUUGCUCGUCUCUCACCUCCUCGCUCAACUACUUCGACUACCACCAGCAGAGCUUGCCGCUGGGCUGCAGGCGCUCCGAGAGCACCUUCCUCAACGUGGAGAACCAGAACUCACGCAAUGCAGCUCCCAACCAUGGCUAUCAGCACCCGUUCACUGGGCAGGCCCACCAGCAGCCAGACCUCAUCAUCAACGGCAUGCCACUGCCAGAGACGGAGAAUUAUUCCAUCGACUCCAGUUACGUGAACAGCAGAGCCCACCUCAUUAAAAGGCCCCCAUGUAGCACGUCGACAUUUAAAGACCUGGAGGGGAACAGCCUGAAGGACAGCGGCCACGAGGAGAGCGACCAGACGGACAGUGAACACGACGUCCAGAGAGGACACUAUGUUGACACGGCUGUCAAUGAUGUGCUGAACAUGACUGUCCCUCCCAAUGUUUGCCAGCUGCCAGACCAAGAUCCCAGCGAAGGCUUUCACUGCCAGGACGAGUGUCGCAUCCUCGGCCACUCUGACCGCUGUUGGAUGCCUCGCGUCUCCAUCCCGCCGCGCGCCAAGUCACCCGAGCACGGCCGUAAUGUCAUCGCUUUGUCUAUCGAGGCCACCACAGUGGACGUGCCCCACUACGAGGCUGGCACCGCCAAGAGGACUUUUGCCACCUUCGGCAAGGAUGGGCCGGAGGACGUGGAGCGGGGAGAGUUAAAGGGGAAGCGGACUCAGGAGUCUCAUGUGUGUAGCCCCAAGGCCAAUGGAGGGGCUGUCCGUGAAGCUGGCAACGGGCGCGAGGCGGCCAGCCCCAUCACUUCCCCCGUGCACCUGAAGAGCCCAAUGUCCAAGCCCUCAUCUGCCUACAACACACUGAAAUGCCGCGACGCAGAGCGAAUCGCCAACCACAGCCUGCUGCGGCAGCCUGAGGGGAAGGACAGUGAGCCAGCUGUCAGGGAGAUCAACACACUUCUCCACGAUGGCCGAGACAAGGAAUCCCCCAGCAGCAAGCGCCUGAAGGAUAUUGUGCUCUAGCGAGCUGCUCUAUGACACAAACCAACAUUCGUACACACAGACACACACACACCGUGUGAACUCACAUAUAUGGACCCCACAACAGCUCGGUGUACACAGGAGAAAGUCCGGCUGUGGAAGUAGAGACACACCCAUUUGCAGUAUAUAAUAUUCAAGGACCAGCUCGAGCUGAGGAUGAUGAUAUGCUGCGGCUAGUUGUGCGCUCCAGCCGAGGUAGUGGAUGUGUCUUUGUUGUAGUCGCAGUACUUUUUCCUUGUUUGCUUUGUGUUCAGUUUCUUUCUAUCAGUCUGCAAUGAGUGGACAGGCAGGUUACUGUUGACUGCAUGGACAUGCCCAGUGGACCUCGACAGUGCUUGCACCAAAGCAGAACACUGCGUGUUUGGACACCGGAGAGGUCAAAGUACACUUAUGCCUUUUGAACUACUUUUGUAUCACAAACUGAUAUUUGCCUUCUUUGGUUUUGCAGUUUGUUCUGCCAAAAUCGCUCUUUGUUCCUUUGUAUAGUGAGCUCCAUCAAUGUAAUAAAUGACAUACACAGGAUUCAUCUCAGAAUAUUCCCAAUUUACUCCUUCAACAGUUUGCAGUGUGUUCAGGGGAAGGUCUCAUGUGCCUCCUUCCCUGAAUAAACCUUCUCUGCGUAUCCCUGAGGACAUUCCAGGGUCAUCAGACUGUGAGGUCUUUACAGUAUUUAUAUUUUAUCAAGGAUGGAGCUAAACGAACUCUCGCUAUCUGCCCAGCCACUCUGAACACUGGAACUGGGACAGAAGAAUCCUUGUGUUCAAAUUGACUUGUAUGAAAAAAAUAAUUUUUGAAAUAUCCUGUGCCCAACCUUGAUUGUAGCCAGUGGAGCACAAAUUAGAACAUUGUGCUUUAGUCUUGUACUUUUUUGACUUUUGACUAUGGGGCUAGGAUAGAAGGGAUCGUCACUAAUGUCUUGCUAUGUGAAACUCCCUAUAGGGUUUACUAUUAUCAUUUUUAAUAACCUGUUGUUAUGUGACAAUCCCUUUAAUGUUUUGUUUCAAGAGAAAAAAUACAAAUAAACAUUGGUGUUCAACUGAAGCUACAGUAGCGUUUGUUACACAAACACAAAAAUAAAAAAAUACAUAUAUGCCAAAAUAUAUUUUAUAAAUAAUUUAAAAAUGUAUAAUGAGAAUAUUUAAUGCUGUGUAGUUAUUUUAUGAGUAAGUUAUACUUGAAAUUAACUUGCUUUUGUUCAUUUGUCUUUUGCUUUUAUAUUGAAUCUGAUUUUUUUUUAUUUUCAAAAUGAACAUGGAUUAUUUUUUGUUUACUGUGUGACCCCUGGCAACUGUUGCAGUCUACCUUGUUGUAAAGAGUUUCUUAUUGGUCAGUUCUUGUGCCAUCAAGUUUCUGUGUGGGCUACUAGAAAAUGUAAAAAAAAAAAAAACGACAACAAAAAAGCGAUAUCAGCACCAACAUUAGUGUGUCAGUUCAACGAGCUUAGAGUGAGAUAGCAAAAGAAACCAAAAAAGAUGCAAACAAAACCUUAAAUAUUGCAGGAUGUUGCUUAAUCUUAGUAUCUAAGGAGGAGAAAGAACGGCUCCCAGUGUUCUUCAUGCUGGUCACAGGGUUCCACCGAUUUUAUCAGUCUAAUUGAGUCGCCUUUACUAUUGGGCCAAAUCCAGUUUAAACAAGAUUUUUUCAGCCUCAAUCGAGUGCGUUCGUACGCAAAGACUAGCUUUGCUCAGCACUGCUGUCACCCUGUGCCAUCUGUGUUCAGCUGAUCUAAAAGAUAAGGUUCAGACCAGAGUGGUAUAAACAGGGAUUUCCCCUCCUACGAGCACCACACAACAGACUGGAUGGAAUCAUGUUUGAUCAAACUAAGGUCUUGGAAGAACCGUGUUGCACAUCAGCAAUGUAGUUUUAUGUUGCUUUGCAGUAAACUGUGUACAAUGUGGAAAAAUAUGAAUGAAUUGAAAAAUUGCAUACAACAAACUAGAUCUUGUAGCUGAAUGUUUUGCUGGUCUCACCCAUGGCUUCAGGCAACAUGAAAAUCGGAAUAAUCACUGAAUGUAUACAGCAGCUUAUAAUUAAACUAUUAAAUGUC